AUGGCCUUCUCCGCGCUCGUUGCGCUACUCACCAUGUACGUAUACCGUGCGAUAUGCUGUUACUGCGCCCCGCGCAUUUCGCCGCCGUCAGCACCAUGGCCUUCUCCGCGCUCGGUGCGCUGCUCACCAUGUACGUAUACCGUGCGAUAUGAUGUUCCUGCACCCCACGCACCCCGCUGCUGUCGGCGCCAUGGCCUUCUUCGUGCUCGGUGCGCUGCUCACCAUGUACGUAUAUCGUGCGAUAUGCUGUUACUGCGCCCCGCGCAUUUCACCGCCGUCAGCGCCAUGGCCUUCUCCGCGCUCGGUGCGCUACUCACCAUGUUCGUGGCCCUGGUGUGGCUGGUGCGUGGGGAUACGCCUGUAGUUCGUGCCAGUGGGAAAGAACUGUCCUUCGUGUUACUUGCUGGUAUUUUAAUGUGUUAUCUUGUCACCUUCGCACUUGUCCUCCGUCCUACAGACAUCAUUUGUUCCUUGCAACGUUUUGGCACAGGAUUUUGUUUCACUGUCGUAUAUGCUGCUCUACUUACAAAAACUAAUAGAAUAGCACGCAUUUUCGAUGCCAGCAAACAUUCAGCCCGUCGUCCGUCUCUCAUCUCUCCUAAAUCGCAGCUUCUCAUCUGUUCACUUUUAGUGUCUGUCCAGGUUAUCAUCGUAGUAGUAUGGCAAAUUGCAUCGCCUGCUCGAGCUAUUCACCACUAUCCUACGCGUGAAGAUAAUAUGCUAGUAUGUGACUCUUACGUAGAUGCCUCAUAUACUAUCGCCUUCUUCUAUCCUGUUGUACUCAUCGUUGUUUGCACAAUAUACGCAGUACUUACACGGAAAAUACCAGAAGCAUUUAACGAGAGCAAACAUAUUGGUUUCACCAUGUACACUACGUGUGUCAUUUGGCUCGCGUUCGUACCGCUUUACUUCGGCACUUCAAGCCACGUGCCCCUUCGCGUCACCAGUAUGGCCGUCACAAUUUCUCUUAGUGCGAGCGUGACCCUUGUUUGCCUGUUUGCGCCAAAGGUGUAUAUAAUCGUGGUGCGUCCGGAGCGCAACGUGCGCGCGAGCCUGUCGGCGGCGCGCUGGCGUGGCGGCGCGGCCGGCGGCGCGGUGUGCGCCGCGCUGGUGGGCACCGCACCGCUGCCUCGCCCGCCCCCACCACCGCCAUGCGCCCCGCAUGCCGCCCAAACGCCCUCCACGGACUUUUCCACGCUCGACGUCAACGAGCGAUCAACGUCCACCGAUCGGCAAGUCCAGACAGACGAAAUGAGCCCAGAGCGGAAUGGUUUGUGUCUGGAUCCGCGAAAGCUGGCUGAAUUGGCGGCGGGGCUGCCCGCCUUUACGGCCGUUGACACCGAUGGAGCCCGGCGGCGGCGAGGACUUCGAGAGCCCACCCCUUUAUAG